AUUCAAGACAAAGAAGGUAUUCCUCCUGACCAACAACGUUUGAUAUUCGCUGGUAAGCAGUUGGAAGAUGGACGUACUCUGUCUGACUACAACAUCCAGAAAGAGUCGACUCUGCAUCUUGUCCUUCGUCUGCGUGGUGGAAUGCAAAUCUUUGUGAAGACGUUGACUGGUAAGACGAUCACGUUGGAGGUUGAGCCUAGUGACACUAUUGAGAAUGUGAAAGCUAAAAUUCAAGACAAAGAAGGUAUUCCUCCUGACCAACAACGUUUGAUAUUCGCUGGUAAGCAGUUGGAAGAUGGACGUACUCUGUCUGACUACAACAUCCAGAAAGAGUCGACUCUGCAUCUUGUCCUUCGUCUGCGUGGUGGAAUGCAAAUCUUUGUGAAGACGUUGACUGGUAAGACGAUCACGUUGGAGGUUGAGCCUAGUGACACUAUUGAGAAUGUGAAAGCUAAAAUUCAAGACAAAGAAGGUAUUCCUCCUGACCAACAACGUUUGAUAUUCGCUGGUAAGCAGUUGGAAGAUGGACGUACUCUGUCUGACUACAACAUCCAGAAGGAGUCGACUCUGCAUCUUGUCCUUCGUCUGCGUGGUGGAAUGCAAAUCUUUGUGAAGACGUUGACUGGUAAGACGAUCACGUUGGAGGUUGAGCCUAGUGACACUAUUGAGAAUGUGAAAGCUAAAAUUCAAGACAAAGAAGGUAUUCCUCCUGACCAACAACGUUUGAUAUUCGCUGGUAAGCAGUUGGAAGAUGGACGUACUCUGUCUGACUACAACAUCCAGAAAGAGUCGACUCUGCAUCUUGUCCUUCGUCUGCGUGGUGGAAUGCAAAUCUUUGUGAAGACGUUGACUGGUAAGACGAUCACGUUGGAGGUUGAGCCUAGUGACACUAUUGAGAAUGUGAAAGCUAAAAUUCAAGACAAAGAAGGUAUUCCUCCUGACCAACAACGUUUGAUAUUCGCUGGUAAGCAGUUGGAAGAUGGACGUACUCUGUCUGACUACAACAUCCAGAAAGAGUCGACUCUGCAUCUUGUCCUUCGUCUGCGUGGUGGAAUGCAAAUCUUUGUGAAGACGUUGACUGGUAAGACGAUCACGUUGGAGGUUGAGCCUAGUGACACUAUUGAGAAUGUGAAAGCUAAAAUUCAAGACAAAGAAGGUAUUCCUCCUGACCAACAACGUUUGAUAUUCGCUGGUAAGCAGUUGGAAGAUGGACGUACUCUGUCUGACUACAACAUCCAGAAAGAGUCGACUCUGCAUCUUGUCCUUCGUCUGCGUGGUGGAAUGCAAAUCUUUGUGAAGACGUUGACUGGUAAGACGAUCACGUUGGAGGUUGAGCCUAGUGACACUAUUGAGAAUGUGAAAGCUAAAAUUCAAGACAAAGAAGGUAUUCCUCCUGACCAACAACGUUUGAUAUUCGCUGGUAAGCAGUUGGAAGAUGGACGUACUCUGUCUGACUACAACAUCCAGAAGGAGUCGACUCUGCAUCUUGUCCUUCGUCUGCGUGGUGGAAUGCAAAUCUUUGUGAAGACGUUGACUGGUAAGACGAUCACGUUGGAGGUUGAGCCUAGUGACACUAUUGAGAAUGUGAAAGCUAAAAUUCAAGACAAAGAAGGUAUUCCUCCUGACCAACAACGUUUGAUAUUCGCUGGUAAGCAGUUGGAAGAUGGACGUACUCUGUCUGACUACAACAUCCAGAAGGAGUCGACUCUGCAUCUUGUCCUUCGUCUGCGUGGUGGAAUGCAAAUCUUUGUGAAGACGUUGACUGGUAAGACGAUCACGUUGGAGGUUGAGCCUAGUGACACUAUUGAGAAUGUGAAAGCUAAAAUUCAAGACAAAGAAGGUAUUCCUCCUGACCAACAACGUUUGAUAUUCGCUGGUAAGCAGUUGGAAGAUGGACGUACUCUGUCUGACUACAACAUCCAGAAAGAGUCGACUCUGCAUCUUGUCCUUCGUCUGCGUGGUGGAAUGCAAAUCUUUGUGAAGACGUUGACUGGUAAGACGAUCACGUUGGAGGUUGAGCCUAGUGACACUAUUGAGAAUGUGAAAGCUAAAAUUCAAGACAAAGAAGGUAUUCCUCCUGACCAACAACGUUUGAUAUUCGCUGGUAAGCAGUUGGAAGAUGGACGUACUCUGUCUGACUACAACAUCCAGAAAGAGUCAACCUUACAUCUUGUUCUGCGCCUACGUGGAGGCAUGUGAUUUCUGUUAAAGUAAAAUUAAAAAAUAAAUUUUAGUUUGAUUUUAUUUCUAAA